UCUCUCUCUCACCCCCCACCCCCACCCCCUCCCUCAGUCACCAGGCCACCGCACCGCCUUUUUGUUUUCCUAUUUUGCAAAAAUGUUACGACUUUUGGUGCGUGUGUCUGUGUGACCAUCGUUAUACCGAGUGCGAGUCUAUGUGUGUCUGUGAUUGCGUGUCCUCUCCGUAGUAGCGCCGCGACUUUUGUUCAGUGAAAAUAAUUAAAACAAAAACUCAAAAGUGGAAAAACUAUUGAAUUGAUAUUGACGACGAAAUCUUAAUCGAUUAUCGUGUCCAGUUGUUAUUUAUUAAGUACUUUUGAUCGAUUAGUGUCGCCGAUUUCCUUCUACGUCAUGGAAACGUCCGAGACGACGACGACGACGUCGCCGCCACCACCACCUCUGAUUGCCGUCUCCGCAGCCAUCGACGCCGCCGACGCCGCCGACCCGUCAGAUGCAGAAUUAAUGAGCGGCCAGUCUAAAGAUCAAGCGGAUCAACAUCCAGCCUUCAACAUCUCGUCAGCCUCUACUCCACCGUCGCCGUCGGCUAUUGUCCUGAGUCCCACUCGCCCGCAAGGAGAUGACGACGCCAUUCACUUGGCGCCGGAAGGAUCGAAAUCUCCUUCGGCAGGAGGACCCGCAGGGCUUCUUGUCGCUUCCGAGAGGAGGAUGUCCUUUUGUCAACAGGAAGGCCGGGCCCGAUCGCGGAGCGUCGGCGAGAAGCAAUGGACUCGUGUUCGCGCUGUCAUGGCCUGGUACACCCGACUGCGCAGGAUCAAAAAGAGUCCCGGAAUCGGCGAUAACGGCGACGGGGGGGCCGCCGCCUCUGUGGGGCCCGACGCGGCGCCUCAACCAUCGGCCUCACAUGAUCCGUCUACGAUUGUCGAGGGCAGGUCGAGGAGCGCUCAGCGAUGGAUGAAGUUGCGGACGACCGUCCAAUUGACCAGCGCCAUCUCCAGCUCGGUCGCCCAGUCCAAGAAGACGUCGCUCAAACGUGAGGAUUCCUUCAUCGCUCGAUUCUCAACCCGCCAAUUCCCGGAAGCUCAGGAGACAUUCGAUGCGACGGACGAAGGCGGGAGUAGCUCGGGUGGCAACGGCGGGAGCGGAACGUGCGGGGGUGGAUUGCCGGCCUUGGGAGACAACAGCAAAGUGGCCGGCGGUGGCACAGGAUCUUCGAAUUCGGCCGCCGAAAAGGUCAAACGCCGUCGCCGUCACCAGAAACCGCCGCGCUCCGUCCUUAAUCCGGACGAAAACGGAUUAUUUUACUGGUUGGCCUUUUUGGCUCUUUGGGUCCUCUACAAUUUAUGGACGGUCGUUGUCCGGCUGGCCUUCCCCGAACUCCACCAGGGCGAAAACCUGUUGGCCUGGAACGUGUGCGACGCCCUCGGAGAUGCUGCCUACGCCCUGGACAUUGCCGUCCAGUUCCGUACCGGCUACCUGGAGCAAGGCAUCAUGGUCCACGACAGCCGCAUGCUAGCAGCCCACUACAUUCGCUCAAAGGCCUUCCUGAUUGAUAUCUUCAGUUUGCUGCCCAUUGAUUGGAUGCUGCUGACGGACCAAGUGGCCAACCCAGUCAUGGCGCGAUGGCGGCCAGCCGCCCGCUUCUUACGCUUGACCAAACUCUACCGAGUCUUCGCCUUUUACUAUGUGGUGGAAUCGAGAAUUGUGUAUCCGAAUGCUUGGCGGGUCGUUAAUUUGGUCCACAUCCUACUCAUGUUGGCCCACUGGUUCGGCUGCUUUUACUAUCUGCUGUCUGAAUGGGAAGGCUUCACAUCGGAUUGGUCCUAUCCGUAUCCGGAAGGUGAUUUCGCUACGCUGACCCGUAAAUAUCUCGGCUCGCUCUACUGGUCCACUCUUACACUCACUACAAUCGGCGAUCUGCCCACUCCGGAGACCAACGCAGACCGGCCGAGAAAACCCCAUCGGCCGCAACGAUCGGCCACCAUGUCUUCUCCGACUGCUCGCCCGACGGCUGCCCCUGGAUGGGUCGGCCAAUGUUCAAACACUUCCCGCUGGAGUGUCGCUUCCGCCAGCGUGUCCGGCCAAGGAUACGGCGGCCACGGUGGCCACGACGACGGAUUGCAAGCGUUGCCCAGACGCGGCCUCAAGUCCCGCAUCCUCCACCAUUCCACCAAUCAAGGAUACAUUUUCACCAUCGCCAGUUAUUUGAUUGGCGUUUUUAUCUUCGCCACUAUCGUCGGUCAGGUGGGCAACGUCAUUACCAAUCGCAAUGCCAGCCGUUUGGAAUUCGAAAGACUCUUGGAUACCGCCAAGUUGUACAUGAGACAUCACAAAGUUCCUCGCAGUAUGCAGAGAAGAGUCCAGCGCUGGUACGACUACUCGUGGAGCCGGGGCAGGAUCCAAGGUGGAGGAGAUACCAGUUCCGCACUGCGCAUCUUGCCGGACAAGUUGAAAACCGAAUUGGCACUCCACGUCAACUUGGCCACUUUGAAGAAGGUGAGCAUAUUCAAAGAAUGCCAGCCGGAAUUCCUGCACGAUCUGGUGCUCAAAAUGCGUGCCUCUAUUUUCACGCCUGGUGACAUGAUCUGCCGACGAGGAGAAGUGGCCCGUGAAAUGUUCAUCAUAGCCGACGGAAUUCUGGAAGUCAUUAGCAGUGAAACGGGCAAGGUUCUGACCAGCAUGCAGGCCGGUGAUUUUUUCGGAGAGAUUGGUAUUCUCAAUUUGGACGGACUGAACAAACGGACGGCCGAUGUUCGAUCCGUUGGGUACGCCGAACUCUUUAGCCUUUCCAGGGAGGAUGUCCUGACGGCCAUGAAAGACUACCCCGAAGCCGAGGAGAUUUUGCUGAAUUUGGGCCGGAAACGAUUGAUGGAAGCGCGCAAAAUGGCCAGUCAACAUCGGGCCCAAAUGGCGCGCAAAGGACUUUUGGCGCUGGAGAAAGCGGCCCAGCUGAGAGCUCAGCAGCAAGAGGCGGCGACAGCCGGAACGGGAGCGGGGGCCGAAGGAUCAACUCAAUCGGCCGCUUCCAAAUUCACGGACCGCAUCCGCAGCGACGUUUUUGGAUUGAAAAAAGCCAUCAGCAAAAGCUUCAAAGAAUCACGGAGACCCAAGAGUGAUAGUCCGACCAUCGAGAUGGGCACUUACGGCGGUGUGGGUUCCACAUUGGGCGGAAUUGGCGGCGGAUUAUCUAAGGCUAGUUCGGUGCCGCUGGGAAACUCGACUCUGCUGUCGUUAUCUCCUUCCGGCUCGAAAUCUUACCUGCUCCGGCGGAUGCCUCGCGUCGCUAGCGACGAGGCCCAAACGACGCACCACAGUUCCAGCGAGGACUGCCGGUUGACCCAACCGUUGCUUCAGAAACCGGAAUCACCAGUGGAAGUGAUCGGUGCCGGUCUGCCUUUGUUCCAGCGAUUGAAACUCCUCCGCCAGCGGGAACUUGAGAAGGAAAAACAGCAGCAACAAGAGCAGGAGGCGUUGCUUUCUAAAGCAGAAGAUGCGGAAACGAUCCGUUCGUUGCAGCUGGUUUCGGCGGCCCUGCUGGAGACGACGACUGCGGCGGAUGGCGUGGGCAAAUCAACUCCGCCGCCCGUUUCGCCUCCUCCGUCUACAAUGCGCGACGAUAAACAAGCCCGUCACAUCAGUUUCGUCGACGAAACCAAUGCCGAGAAGAAUAAGCGCGACUACGUUCCGGUUGAUCCGCCCAAGGUGCGCGGCAAAUCGGCCCGCUGGACCCUGCCCGGAAUGGUGGGUCGAGCCAGCGAGCAGCAGCCGGCUGCGGCCAAACUCACCAAGACGCGACUGUCUCGGCUGAACACGAUCAAACAGGCGUCGUCGUCGUCGUCGGCUAUCGAUUCCCUCGAGCAAGCGGAACCGCCUCCGCCGCUGCCGCCGCCGCUUCCGCCGACUCCGCCCUUUUGGCAAUCCAGCAAGCCUUCACCGUCGCCUCCGCCUCGACCUUCGGCCCCUCCGCGGCCCCCGGCGCCUCAUUUUCCCGGACUGGGCAUCCGCCGCAAGAAGCCGCCGCGGAGGGCCCAGACGAUGCGUGCGGAUGAUUCUCCUUGUUCGGUCGCCGAAGCGGACGACGUUCCAUAUCGACCCGUUCAACAUUUUCGCUCAAUGAUCAAACAGCCGUGGCACUGGAGUGGCGAUUUGAACACACAGCAGCAGCAGCAGCAGCAGCGGCAGCAGUCGUCGACCCCGCCGCCACCCUCAUCAUCUUCAUCAUCCAAGAGCCGGCCACUAGGUCCUUCGGGCGUCCCGCUAUCUGGUAGGCGAUUUUCACGCCAAAAUACCAUUCAGGUUGUCUCUGACGUUCAGGGGGUCUUGAGUGAUAUCCUACGAGAUAUCGUGCCCAGUUCCAAGUCGUCGAGUCGAUCCACCGCCUCCACCAAGCCGUUGAUGUCCGCCAACCCAGCCGUUCAAUCACCCGCAUCCGUGGAUUACGGAGCCAUGAGACAACCGACCACCAACUGGGAAUCGGUUAGGCAUGAGACGAUCGUCGGUGAUCGACCGCCGCAGCGGCCGCAGCGGCUCAACCUGCGCCAGUGCAAGAACCGCAGCUCUCGCGAUUACAAUUCCAUCGACGAUUUGUCGCCAGAGUACACGGUCCUGCCCUUUGUCAAGCGGCUCAAAAUUCUCAACGAGCGACAGAAAAUCGUCGAACUACAAAAGGCGCUGACGACGACGGCGACGACGUCCGUGUCGAUCGUGAGCGAAAGCAGCGGAGACCGGACGACGACCGUUUCAACCACUAAAAACUCGUCAUCGGCCGGCGGCUGCAGCGGCGGACAGAUUCCGGCGGUCGAGAGCCUCGUCAAGGGCGUGGGGACGUCGGUGGCGGCCGAAAGUAACGAGACUCCUGAGCGCGUCUGCUUGAAGAAGAUGCUCAAGUCGGCGUCGCGCAAAGAGAUGCUCCUUCCGCAGGAUCAGAAUCACCGGAUGAAAUUGCUCCGCUCGCAGACGGUCGAGGGCUACGCUGUCCGUCACUCUAAUUUCACCAAACUCAACCACCAACGCCUCAAGAACAACCACCGGAUCGCUCAAACGAUGCCGUCGCCGCCUCCGCUUCCCUUCCAUCAGCCGGCGGUGACGGAUUCGACGGUUCGGCCGCCGACGCCCCUGCCGCUGGAUCAUCAGGAUCUCCUCUCGGGAUUGAAAUCCAUCGGGGCUGUCGAACAGAAGCAGCUGUCUUACUUUAAAGCUUCUGGGCACGACGGCGUCAAAGAAGAGUGCGUCGCCGAAUUGCUGACGGCCAUCAAGACUGUCUUGCAAGAACGCUUGGACGAAAUCCAGGCCCGCUUCCAAGCUCAAAUUCAUCUCCUGCGUAGCGAAGUGGAGAAAAAGGACCAACUCAUUUCUCAGCUUGAAAUUCAACUGGAAUCGUUUGGAGUCCAGUUACCGGUCAGUAUCAUACCGGUUAUUCACCAGCAGGCAGACAGUUCGGAGACUCACUCUGAACGAGAGGAUGAGCCAACGAGUUCCAUCGAGAGUGACGUGGAUGACGAUGGCGACGACGACAGCCGAACCUUGCGCUAUUUUGCGAGAUCUGUUUCCAAGGGUUCGUUUAUUCACCUGGCGCCACCGAGCCCGUCGACCCCUCACCAUCAGUCGUCGUCGUCGCCCAGUAGCGAUAGUCAUCAGCAACCGAGUCCGUGCCCGUCGAUUGACGACAUGCUCGACUCUGCGGCUGAAGAGCACCAGCCAAUGGCGGCCGUUCUCAAUCCGGAGCCUCUGUGGCAGCUGGAAUUCGGCUCGUGUUGGCACCGGAUGCACUCGUCGCCCGUCACCAGCAAUCCCAGAGACUUUAUCGUCGACAUUGAGGAGAGCAGUUUGAGCAGCGUCAGCAGCAGCAGCGCAACCGAAACGAUUGCGUCGUCGUCCAAACGCAAAAAGAUGAGGGCCAUGAGUUUGGAUAUUGUCGGUUCUAGACGACAGGCGGCGGCCGCCGCCUCCGCCGCCGCCGCUUGCGCUCCGUCCAACGGAGCGUCGAAAUCGACUCCGGCCCGCUCUCCGGCCGCUCCUUACAAUCCCGAUUGGGAGAUUCUGAUGCUGGCCGAGUCGAUGGACAAGGAAGACGAGGACGACUUUCAUUGCCAACCUUUGCCGGUGCGUCUGCGUCAAGACGAGUUGCCGGCCGGUAGUGCGGCGGGAGCCUCGGCGGCAGCGGUUCGCCGGCGUCGGUCGCUGCGGUCCUCGACGUCGGUCGAUCCUCAGUCGAUGAGCAGUGCCAAAUCAAAAAAGAUGAUCGAAAAGUGGUACUGGAGUUAUCCGCCUCCCAUGGACGAAGCGACCGACUUUCCCGCAAAGUCCGACGCUGGUGGGAAUAAGUGAACGACGACAACAACAACAACAACAACAACAAAUUAAAUGCAGAAAGAAGAAGAAAAAAUGCAGCGAGCUAUUAUUAUUAAAUAAUAUAGACAAAAAACAGUCUUUUGAAUUGUGUUUUUACAACAUUCGACGACUUUGUUCCACAUUCCCUACUCCUUUAUGAAUAGGACCCCGAUAAAAAUCAACCUCAGAUCUCAGCCCCCAUUUUUUAAAUUAUACAAUAGUUUUAAGUAUUGUGUCGUGAUCUCUUUUUUUUUAA